GAGCAACCCGCACGAAGUGUACAGCGCGGACGCCGCAGACAGUGUGCGUACGUAAAGCCGCUGUAAACCAGCACUACCUCCCAUACGUACCGUCGCUGGCAACCGGAGCAUCCGUAUCGCCGCAGCACCACAAGCUCCCAAGCAUGCCUCUGCUGUGAGAGGCUGCAGACGUCUCACGAGGAGCAGCGAUCGAUUCGGACGUCGCUGAGGACCGGUAGCAUGCUGGCUCGAGCCCUGCGACGCGUACGCAAGGACACAGCCCGCGCCGCGCCGCGGCCGCCGACGCGCCAGCUCGGCGGCCUCAGAAAGCGGCCGCCGUCGCCCGAGGCGCUGUCGCUCUACCGCGACUGCCUGCGCGCCGCGCGCCACUUCCACUGGGCCGACCAGAACGGCGAGCCCUGGAACGUUGUUUUGAGACGGUCGACGCGGAAGGAGUUCGAGCAGGCGCGCGACGAGCCGGACCCGCUCAUGGUCGCGAAAAUGUUGGUUGUGGGCCGGGAGUGCCUCGACAAGACCGUGCGGCAGUUCGAGGCGGCGCAGAAGCGGAUCGAGGCCAAGGUCGCGCAGACGCGGACGCGGUGACGGUCUGCUUCCUUCUUCUUCUAGGGUGUGUCGUAUGUG